GGUGCCCCCGGGAUAAGAGGACAGCGACGUGACCAACAACUUGCACCUGUUUGCAAUCCUGGUAUCAUACAUUCCACACGCGUGCGACCACCGACAACCGGAGUAUGGCGUGGAGGCGGAUAGAUGUCCACCGGGCGGUGGAGCGGGGAGACUUGGCCGUGGUGAAGCGCUACUUGGACGCCGGGGGGGACCCCGAGAAGAAGGAUGAGAAGUACGGCGCCGCGCCCGUGCAUUGGGCCGCCCUGCGAGGAAGGUCCGAUGCCCUGUCGCUCCUCCUAGAGCGCGGGGGUGACGUGGAAUCUCGAACCUGUACCGACGGUACCCCCCUUGUGUGGGGGUGCAUGGGGGGUAACGCGCCGGUCGUUCGGCUUCUGCUGGAGCGCGGGGCGAAUAUUUCCGCGAAAACUAAGGGCAAAGGGACGGCUCUUCACCACGCCACGCACUCGGGCCAUCCGGAAGUCGUGGCCCUCCUGCUACAGAAUGGCGCAAACCCGAAGGCAGAGGAUAACCGGGGGGAUAGGCCUGGCGACAAGUUUGAUCCUGAGGUCACGGACAGCGACAGGCGGGCGAUCAAGCAGGCACUGGCAAGGGUCACACGCGGGAGCUCCAGUCGGUCUGGCAGGACGUCGUCAUCGAGGUCCAGACGCCACGCGGACACGGCUCGAGGAGGCCAGCCGUCCCUGUCUGCUUCCCUCGCCCGCGGCAAGCCUCGCGCCGUUUCUACGGACAAUGCCAGCGGUGGUGCUGCCACCGCCGUGGCGAACGGCACUCCACAAGACAAAGGGGAGAACGGCCACGGGCAUCACCAAGAGAAUGGUCGGACACCACCGCCCCGGCGCGAUUCCGCGGCAAAGCCGUCCACCGAGGAGGAGGAGGGAGCGGUGGUGGUGGACACGACGGCGUUGCGGACUCCGACGAAGAGGCCGAGAUCAACCGAUACCGGCACCGCCGCCGCGGGCGGCGGCAGGGGGUGGAGGUCGUCGAACGGCGGUGGUUGGGGCGGGGUCGUGGGCUUCCUCGCCGCUGCCGUCGACUGUAGCGGCGGCGGCGACUCGCGGUCGCGCGCGCACCCCGCGAAGGAUAUCAAUCGCGACGGUAGCAACACCGUCCGAGCAACGGCGGCGGCGGCGGCGACAACCCCGGCGGUGGAGGGUGGAAAUGACGGCCCGCGAGUGUCGCCGUCAUCACCUGCCGCGUUUGUCGUGAGUCCGGAAAAAAAGUUGCCGGCGGAGCUCGACGACCUUCGGAGGCGUGUGAAAGACCUGACCCUCUCGGCGGCGUCGGCAAAGACCGGCAGUGUCGAAGGGAGGGCGGCGCUAAGGCGAGCGCUGGAGGAAGCGGAUGCGCGAGCGCGAGAUGCCGUGGUGGCGGAGCGCGCAAAGUCGGAGAGCUUAGGCGCUCUGGUCCAGGCACUCGAGCAACGCCUGCGAGAAAGAGACGAGCAGGUGCAAAGGCUCACGGCGCAAGUCAAGGACCGAGACUCCCGCUUGCGGCAACGGGAACAAGAGGUGGCCGACCUUCGGGGGCGUUUGGAAGAACGCCUCAUUCUCGAUAAGACUCUUGGUGAACCACCCGCACAAGGAUCAGCGGCAGCAGCGCUGGCCUCCGAUCGGACCCCCCCCGGGGAUGAUGAUCUCGCGGCGCCCCAUCCAGAGGGAAGCGAUGAUGGUGUCUCGAGCCCUAGGGUCGGCUUGGGCACGCGCUCGUCCCCCUCUCUUUCCCCCGCGCCCGGUACCGUAGCAGCGGCGGGGACGGGUAUGGCCGCUUCGCCGCGCCUAGGUGAAGGGAACCGCCGAAGUACGAUGGGGCCGGGGGCGGUGUUAUCGCGCGACGACAGCUUCGGGUACGCCCUCAAAGGUCUAGCCGUAGGGUACGCCGUGGGCGGAGCACCGUCGGGACGUGCCGAGGCUCUGGGGUGGUGGAGUCGCGGUGGCUGGGGAGAUGGAAACCCGGGGAUGGUGAAGAACCAGUCCCUCCCUUUGCCGCCUGCCGUGGUGGUGGACGACCACGAGCGGCUGGGAAGCUUGUACUCGAUGAUCGCGAGGAGAUGAAGAGGAGUAAUCAAUCUGCUGGUAUCUGUUAAUAAUAGUGUUGGAUGCCGAACGGUGGUGUGUGUGUGUGUCUUUUGUGAAAAGGGACGAGUUUUACAGCCGUGCUGGCUGUAGGUGGCGUGGGUGUCCAUGCCCUUCCGGGAACUAAACGGUUGUACCCGGGUUAUUUGGGAACCCGGUAGGCGUCUAUCGGUUACGGUUGUCAACACAAGAAACAGGGGGUAUCUCAGAUAGGAUAGAAUGGAGGCGUUUUUCAACCGAUUCAUCGGCGCUGGAACAAAGCGGACAUAACUGUUUCUUUUUGGAGAAUCGCGCCUCCUAGCCGGUUGUUGGUGAUUGUUUUUUCACGCCCGGUGUCCAUCUCCUAUGUCCAGGGCAUUCCCGCCGAGUUUGUUGCGUGGCACGACAGGACGACAGCGAGAGAGGCGGGCGGGCGCUUGAUCGUUGGUGUGCAUGCCAUUUGCUCGUUAUUGCUUGCUUGGUAGAGAUUAAAUACUUGGUAGAGUCGUGAUAGUUUGUCGAUGUUGGUGUCAAGAAGGGGGGCAUGUUUUGUCGGUUGCGAUGCGGGUAGCCUCAAUUGUCUGGGUACGCGCUUAGGAUGUAAGGGCGUGAGAUACGCUUGUCUUUUUCUCCUUCCAAGUUGCAAGCGCGCUUUUUGCAUAUAUUGGCGCGUACCAUGAUUGGUAUUAAAGCUGAAGAGACGCGUGUCAAUACUGAUGCUGCUAUUGUGAGAGUUGUUUUAGGGUCUGGAACUCCCCCCGAGCGCGCGUGGUCAUGUGGUGGAGGAGUGUUGCUGUUGCAGUCGCUCCCUAAAUCCCAAGAGAGGGACAAGAAGAGAGAGACAGAGAGCAGGCCGGAACUUCAGUUGCAGAGCAAGAGGGGUUUCGUUUUUGCAGGACGGAGAGCCACGUUCAUCUACAACAAUGUAUGUAACUUUGGAUGCUGUUGUAGCCGUAAGAGAGGUAGUAAUUUAACAUACACGGUUCUGUGAUCGAGAGUGUAAGCAUGUGUGUUUACAGUAGUACUUUUGUGUGAUCGUAUUGGAAGGAUGUUUGUGGACACUCGACCCGUUGCUGGUUAUGAGUGGAUAGGGAGACUCGGAUGCACCUUCUUUCAGGGAGGAGUAAACGUGUUCACAUACUGUAUGGACCCUGUGUGUCCACGUUGCUGCAUCCUGAUACACUAAAUGUGCAGUAGAGAUCGCCGCUUUCUCCUGUAAAUGAUGUGAGGUAGUAUAGCCGUGCACGACAGAGGAAACUAAUACCCCUUCUCUGCUGAAAGCUUGCGGUUAGUGUGUUGGUGAAUGGCGACUUUUCAUUCGGCCGAGUGAUUUUCGCAGACC